AUGUCAAACAAUACUGUCGGCUCGUCAGGGCAUGCUCCCGGCAAAAUACGUGGACCUGGAAGACCCCCUAAACGGACAUGCACUUGGUGCGCUGAGAGUAAAACGCCUUUGAAGUAUGUUUUGCCUACAGAAAAUGGGAAAAAAGAAUUUUGUUCAGAAACGUGUUUGUCAGAAUUCCGACAAGCAUAUAGCAAAGGCGCUUGUCUUCACUGUGACAAUGUUAUACGCGGCAACGCUCCAUCCAGUAGCAAAAAUUUUUGUUCGACGUAUUGUUUAAAUAAAUAUCAAAAGAAAAAUGAGAAGAGAACAACUUCGCCUCAAUCAGGGAAUGGAGCGAACGGUACCGAGCCUCAUCAGAAUAAUAAUUCAACAGGAUCUUUCUAUGACAUAUACCAGUCGUUUGAUUGGAAUGAAUAUAUGAAGGAAACUAAUAGUGUUGCUGCACCCCAAGAGUGUUUUAAGCAAGCUCCAAAUCCUCCUGUGAACGACUUUAAAGUAAAUAUGAAACUCGAAGCUUUGGACCCUCGUAAUUUGACAUCUACUUGCAUUGCUACAGUUGUUGGUGUAUUGGGUCCGAGAUUGAGGCUUAGACUCGAUGGCAGUGAUAAUAAAAAUGAUUUUUGGAGGCUUGUUGAUGCUGGUGAUAUUCAUCCUAUAGGUUAUUGUGAGAAAAAUGAUGGUAUGUUGCAACCACCUCUUGGUUUUCGUAUGAAUGCCAGCAGUUGGCCCAUGUUCCUGCUGAAAACAUUAAACGGGGCAGAGAUGGCUCCAUCAAAGGUUUUUCAACCUGAACCACCUACUCCUAAAUCAAAUUUGUUUGUUGUUGGUCAAAAACUAGAAGCUGUUGAUAAAAAAAAUCCACAACUUAUAUGUUGUGCAACUGUUGGUGCCGUGAAAAAUGAUCAGAUACAUGUAACUUUCGAUGGCUGGAGGGGGGCUUUUGAUUAUUGGUGUAAAUAUGACUCUCGGGACAUAUUCCCAGUUGGUUGGUGUGCAAGAGCAGGUCACUUAUUGCAGCCACCUGGUCAAAAAAGUGCUACAGCACCUUCUAGAUUUAAAUUGCGUCCCAGUGGUAUCCCUAACCCAGCUUUACCAGAAGGGGGAUCGACUGGUACAGGCAAUGCAAAUGGAGCUAAUACUGUAACUCCAUUAGCAAAUGUUGUUUUACGAAUCCAUAAUAGUUGUUCUGGAGGGAAUGCUGCCUUACCAUCCUCCAUCACCGGUGUCGGUGCUUCAGGUGUAGCUGAAAACCUAGUUAAAGAGUUACUUGUUACAUAUACAGAUCCUCAAAAACUCACUAGAGCAAUACUUACUGCCUCUAAUAGCUAUUCAAAUAAUACUAAUGUACAGGUAUCAGUUGGCAAUAAGAAUUACCCAGUUAAAGUGCCUCAGGAUUUAUCAACAGAAGAUUUAAAGAACUGGUUAAAAUUAGUGUGUAAUGGUAUUGGGUGCUGUGUGGGAAUGAUAGAAAUAGAUACAGGUGAAGCUGCAGGACGGCCUUGUACACUGUGUGGUGAAUCUACCUCAAAUACUGUCACAUCUGCAGUUAAACGACCUAAAAGUGAGUCACCAACUCCAUGCACUAAUGGUGAUUCCGGCUGUAAGCUGGCUCGUGUGUCUCCCGAGCGUCCUGAGCCCGCGUCAUCAACGACGUGCGCCCCCCCUCCCCCCGCCCCGGCCGCCGCUCCCGCCGACUGGUCAGUGGAGGAUGUCAUCGGGUUCAUUGCUGCAGCCGACCAAGCACUUGCCGCUCAUGCUGAUCUAUUCAGGAAGCAUGAAAUAGAUGGCAAGGCACUCUUAUUAUUGAACUCUGACAUGAUGAUGAAAUACAUGGGUCUGAAACUUGGUCCUGCCUUAAAAAUAUGCAAUUUGGUAUCUAAAAUAAAGAAUCGUCGACAUUAUAGCACCUAG